AACAAUUAUAGCAUUCUACCUAAUUUGGAAUUGGAAUUAGAACUUUUUUUAAUUUCAAAUCAUAUCCUAAACCCAAAAGCCUAUCCCAAACCUAAAAGCCUAUUCCAAACCCAAAAGCCUAUCCCAAAUCCAAAAGCUUAUUCCAAAUGCU